CAUAAUCUUUGUGUUGGUCCUACUUAAGUGACACGACUUAAGUGACUUAGCACGGCACAUAGAAGGGUUGUUAAAGAAAUAUUAAAUUCGGCUCCUCAAGUCUAUUAGCAAUUUCCCCUCCUGUUUUGCCUUAGAUAUUCACAAGUGCAACGCACCAGAAACCUGGUGUUGACUUGAGUCUGGAUUAAUAUAAACAUCCAACACGGUUCUCCGGACAAUCAUAGCUAGUAUGAUCAGGUUGGGUCAGGUUCAGAAAAUAAUCUUCCCUCCUGCCUAGCGUUGGGGCCAAUGCUGCCUCCUGCUGAGCCCAGGCAUCCCGACUACCACCGGACCUUCAUUUUCGCCCAGGGAAAGCUCGAGACUUCCCGCCAAACGCGCGGGUGUACGUCUCGGCGCCCCAGGCGCAGGCAAGACUGCGCAUGUGCGGGACCAGCGGCCGCCAAUACCCCAACGGUGCCGCGGGCCGCGCGCUAUGGCGGAGACGGAAGCGACCCUGCUGCGCCAGUUUCCGCUCUUUCUGCCCCAGAACCGGGCGAAAACCGUGUAUGAAGGCUUCAUUUCGGCUCAGGGAAGAGAUUUCCACCUUAGACUGUUGCUGCCCAAAGAUUUACAGCUGAGGAACGCCAGAUUACUAUGUAGUUGGCAGCUGAAAGCAGUACUUAAUGGAUAUCAUCACAUAGUACAACAGAGAAUGCAGCAGUCUCCUGAUCUAGUGAGUUUUAUGAUGGAGUUGAAGAUGCUUUUGGAAGUUGCUUUAAAGAAUAAAAAAGAACCGUAUGUACUACCUCCUCCUCCCAAGUUCUACUCAAGCCUUAUUGGAGAAAUAAGAGCUCUUGGUUGGGAUAAGCUUGUGUAUGUGGAUCCUUGCUUUAGUACCAUCAAGUUAAAAGCAGAUGUUUCUGGUAGAGAGCAUCUAAUCACUGUCAAGUUGAAGGCGAAGUACCCUGCAGAAUCACCAGAUUGUGUUGUGGAUUUUCCAGUUCCAUUUUCUGUUUCCUGGACACCACAGAGCUCCUUAAUAAGCAUUUAUAGUCAGUUUUUGGCAGCAUUGGAAUCACUGAAGACAUUCUGGGAUGUUAUGGAUGAAAUUGAUGAGAAGACUUGGGUACUUGAGCCAGAAAAACCUACACGGAGUGCUACAGCACGCAGAAUUGUAUUAGGGAAUAACAUUUCAAUAAAUAUAGAGGUAGACCCCAGGCAUCCCACUAUGCUUCCUGAGUGCUGUUUUCUUGGAGCUGACCAUGUGGUAAAACCUCUGGGAAUUAGGCUGAGCAGAAACAUACAUUUGUGGGAUCCAGAAAACAGUCUGUUACAAAAUUUGAAAGAUGUUUUAGAAAUUGACUUUCCAGCUCGUGCUAUCCUGGAAAAAUCUGAUUUUUCUAUGGAUUGUGGGAUUUGUUAUGCCUAUCAACUUGAUGGUGCCAUUCCUGAUCAAGUGUGUGAUAAUUCACAGUGUGGCCAAUCUUUCCAUUAUAUAUGCUUAUAUGAGUGGUUGAGAGGACUACUGACUAGUAGACAGAGUUUUAACAUCAUGUUUGGUGAAUGUCCGUAUUGUAGUAAGCCAAUUACCUUGAAAAUGUCUGGGAGAAAAGCCUGAAAUAAGAAUGCAGCAUUCCUGUGAAGAGCUAGAAACUUAAAUUAUGAAAAGGAUUUUAUUUGAUAACUUCAGAGAAAAUAUAAAGCAAGACAUACUAAUAUCAAAAGAAAAAUAAUGGUGAAGGCAUAAUAAUAUAUAUCUACUUUUAUCUCUUCGCUAAAUGUAAACUGGGACACUGUAAACCAGAAUCCUGUAGAACUGUCUAAUUCUGUGACCUCCAUACCAUUUGUAGAAGUGUUUGUGUACCAAGAUGGAGAGCUUGACUUGUUGAACAUAUCUGGAUUGGUAAAAUCUUGAUGGGGUUCAUAAAAUGAAUUUGGGAAUUGUAUACAGCUGGAUUCGUGUGGAGAACUUUUUACGUCAUUUUGAAAUUCUUGAGACUCACAAUAUUUUUGUCUUCUUCUUGUGCUUUCCUAUGAGAAAAUACAUAUUUAUUAUGUGUUAGGUUUGAGUUAUCCAAGUAUUUUAGUGUACUCUUUAAGAAUGCUAAAUAAAAUGUGUUACAUAAGAUCAA